AUGAUCAAGAUUUGGAACCCUUGUGGAACCCUAGUCAGGGAGGGCCAAGAGACACCAUCAUACUGUAUGUGGAGAGUGAGGGUGGUAGGAGCUGCUACAGGGGGUGAUGGUGUGGAGGAGGAGUUUGAUUGGUUGAAUGAAGGCCUGGAAGGAGAAGACUUUGAUGAUGACAUUUUUGGUGAGUCUUCUCCACCUCACACAGUGCCAGAUGAGCCUAACACUGUUCCAACCACUGAUACACCUCAUCCAAACACUAAUACACCUCAGCCAAACACAGAUGCACCUGGCCCAAGCAAUGUUCCUCCUCCAAACAUAGAUUUAGAUGAAGAGUGGGCUGAACCAGCUUUAGAGGAUGAUAUGGCAAGUGUGGAUAGUUCUGAUGAUGAGCAGGGGCCUGGCAAUUUGGAGUUCAAUGAGAGGACUGAUUUGGAAAAUGUUAGGUUGGCAAAAGGGAUGAAGUUCCCAAACUCCCAGGUGUUUAGGAAGGCUUUGAGGGAGUAUGUGAUUCAGAAUCACAUUGAUGUUAAGUGGAAGUUGAAUGAGAAGAAGAAAAUUUCUAUACAUUGUAAGAACAAUUGUGGAUGGAGGUGUUAUGCCUCAAUGGUGACUGGAGAGUGCACAUUUGAGAUCAAGACACUUUAUCCUGAGUGUACCUGCCCCCUAUCAUUUAAAAAUGGGCAAGUUACAUCAGCCUAUGUGGCAAAGAGGUAUUUGGAGGAUUUUGGUAAGAAUCCUAAUUGGGAGGCCUCAGGUAUUAAGCACCAUGUGAUGCAGAAGAUUUCAGUUGAUUUAAGUCUUAGUCAGGUGUAUAGAUCAAGGAAGGCAGCUAGGGGGCUGAUUACUGGGGAUGAAGAGGCUCAGUAUAGCCUACUUAGAGAUUAUGCAGAAAUGAUAUUAAGGACAGAUGUAGGAAGUAGGGUGAUUCUACAAACAACGAUGGAAAAUGAGAAUGCAGAGCCCAAGUUUAAAAGGAUGUACAUUAGGUACAAUGCUCAGAAGGUUGGCUUUCUAGGUGGUUGUAGACCCUUUGUUGGGCUGGAUGGCUGCCACUUGAAGGGUAGGUUUGGUGGGCAAUUAUUGUCUGCCACUGCCAAGGAUGGAAAUGACAAUAUAUUCCCAGUGGCAAUGGAUGUGGUUGAGCAAGAGAACAAGGAUAGCUGGACUUGGUUCUUGGAGCAGUUUGCUGAUGACAUUGGCAGGCCAGAUGAGCUCAAUCUGGUAUUCAUCAGUGACAGGCAGAAGGGCCUUUUACCUGCAAUGGAGACUCUAUUCCCAACUGUGGAGCACAGGUAUUGUGUGAAGCACAUAUACAACAACUUCAAGGUUAACCACAAGGGCAUGGAGUUGAAGAGUGUACUGUGGAGGUGUGCUGGCACAACAUCAGCCAGGGAAUUUGAGAGAUGGAUGGACCAUCUUAAGAGUUUGAAUGAAGAAGCUUGGCAGUACCUGGCUGAUAUAGAGCCUGCACAGUGGACCAGAUCCCACUUUUCUUUGAGAGCUUUGACAGAUUGUAUGGUAAACAAUCUGAAUGAGAGUUUUAACUCUAUGAUUCUGAAGGCUAGAGACAAGCCCAUCUUAUCAAUGCUGGAGUGGAUCAGAGUUAGGCUUAUGAGCAGGCUGUAUAUAAAGAAGGCUGGCAUAGAAAAGUAUGAUGGCAAUUUGUGUCCAAGCAUACAAAAGAAGUUGGAGCAGUUAAAAUUAGAGUGUAAGAGUUUCAGUGCAGUUCCUUCUGGGAGGUUUGUGUAUGAGGUUGACAAUGGGAGGGAAAGGCAUGUGGUGGACUUGGUAAAUAGGACAUGUAGUUGUAGAAUAUGGGACUUGACAGGAAUCCCUUGCAAGCAUGGAGUUGCAGCCAUUUUUGUGAAUCGUGAGAAACCAGAAGACUACACCCAUCCAUGCUACUACAAGGAUGCUUAUGUGGAGACAUACAAGACACCCAUACCUCCCAUGCCUGGCCAGUCUGAGUGGAUGUCAAGUGGCCAACCCAAGCCUGUUGCACCUACUGUCUAUAAGCCACCAGGCAGGCCACCCAUGAAGAGGAAGAGAGAUGCUGAUGAGCCCAACCCUUAUAAGGUGUCUAAAGGAAACAGGCCAGUGAGGUGUGGAAGGUGUCAACAGGAAGGGCACAAUGCAAGGGAAUGCAAGGCCAAUGUCACUGGUGAGACAGCAUGGGAGAGGAGGCAGAGAUUGCAGAAAGGGAAAUCUGGAAGUGGAAGACCUUCUACACAGAGGCAAGGAUCCCAGGCCCCAUCUUCAUCACAGACCCAAUCCUCAGCUUAG